AUCGAAACAGCAAUACUCAUUUUCUAUGUGGUCUAAAAGCCCCAGGCUUAUGUUUAGAGCCAACAUGGCGUCAUUUGGCACCAACCAUCCAGCAUCCAUAAAAACCUUGGGAGGAUCCUCUGAAAAGAGGAAACAGACCCGCCAUUUUCCUACGAGCCUUUUAAACCCAGCAGGGGGAGGCGAGAUCCGAGAGGCGAGCCACUGAGGAGGAAAAGGGGGAGUUAAGAGAGAGAGAGAGGGGGAGAGGGAUAGGAGAGUGCUGGACAGAGGGGUUGAGAGAGGGAGAGAGGGGACACUGCUGUUAAUAGAAGAGGAAACGUUUGUCAGGUGGCGGAACAGUGCACAUCCCUGGGACUACAGCAUUGCCGUUGGAUUUAACAGCCCGAGCUGAUUUUUCCCCCUCUUUUUUUUCUUUCCCCCCUUUUUCUGUUUGUUUAAACUGCGAGGAUGUCUGGACAGAGCAUAACGGACCGGAUAACGGCAGCGCAACACAGUGUUACCGGUUCCGCGGUGUCCAAAACGGUGUGCAAGGCGACCACGCACGAAGUCAUGGGGCCAAAGAAGAAGCAUUUGGACUAUCUGAUCCAGUGCACCAAUGAGAUGAAUGUGAACAUCCCUCAUCUGGCCGACACGCUGUUCGAGCGCACCACCAACACCAGCUGGGUGGUCGUGUUCAAAUCCCUCAUCGCCACACACCACCUUAUGGUCUACGGCAAUGAGAGAUUUGUACAAUAUCUGGCCUCCAGGAACACAUUAUUCAACCUCAGUAAUUUUUUGGAUAAAAGCGGGUUACAAGGAUAUGACAUGUCCACCUUCAUCCGGAGGUACAGCCGCUACCUGAAUGAAAAGGCAGUCUCAUACAGACAAGUGGCUUUCGACUUCACAAAAGUAAAAAGAGGGGCGGAUGGCGUAAUGAGAACGAUAAACACAGAGAAGCUCCUAAAGACCAUCCCUAUCAUCCAAAACCAGAUGGAUGCACUCCUCGACUUCAACGUAAAUGCCAACGAGCUCACAAACGGGGUCAUUAACGCUGCAUUCAUGCUUCUGUUUAAAGACGUCAUCCGCUUGUUUGCAGCCUACAAUGAAGGGAUCAUCAACUUGCUUGAGAAGUACUUUGACAUGAAGAAAGCCCAGUGUAAAGAAGGCCUGGACAUCUAUAAGAAAUUCCUCACUCGAAUGAUGAGAAUCUCAGAGUUUCUCAAAGUGGCAGAGCAAGUGGGAAUUGACCGAGGGGACAUACCAGACCUAUCUCAGUUUACAGUUUGUGCCCCCAGUAGCCUUCUGGAUGCCCUCGAGCAGCACUUGGCUUCAUUAGAGGGGAAAAAGGUCAAAGACUCCACGGCCGCCAGCAGAGCCAGUACACUUUCCAGUGCGGUGUCCUCCCUGGCCAACACGGGUAUCUCUUUCACCAAAGUUGAUGAGAGGGAAAAGCAGGCAGCUCUGGAGGAGGAGCAGGCUCGGUUAAAAGCACUUAAGGAGCAGCGCCUGAUGGAACUGUCCAAGAAGCCCUCCACGACUGCUGCGUCUCCCGUUUCCACGGUGACGAUCAGUUCCACCCCUGCCAUUGACCUGUUCUCCACACCCAGUAGCUUCACUAACUGUACACCGAAGGUGCCGAACGAUCUGUUGGACCUGCAGCCCACGUUCCAGCCCUCCCUGCCUCUCUCCACCGGCCUGCCUUUAGCCAACACAUGGGGAGAUCCUUUCACGUCUACAGAGGCUGUUGACGACUCCAUUCCAAACUACCUUAAACCUUUCCUUACAAAACAAGUUGUCGAUCCUGUCCAUCUGCCUGUUGUGUCUUCAGAUGCUGUUAGUUUUUCCUCUAGGACACCCAGUCAUGAAAUGUUUGGUGACUCGUUCUGCUCUCCAGCUGCUUACCCUAACACUCCUCUCUUCCAAUCUGAGCCCUCCGCUGUAGCUGGACUAUUCGGAGGGUUCCAUGCUCCUCCCGCCGCCCAGCCUCCCAGUUCAACAGGCCUUAAUGUCGACUUUGACUCCGUGUUCGGCAAUAAGUCGGCCACCAACAGCACAGACUCGGCUGAUGAUGUUUUAGGUGGCAUCCUGAAACCCACAGUGGCCUCUCCCAACCAGGGCCUGACGCCCAGCGCCCAACAGCCAGGCAAACUGGUUUCCGAUGACUUGGAUUCCUCCCUUGCCAACCUUGUGGGCAAUCUCUGUAUUGGAAACGGAACAACAAAGAAUGACAUUCACUGGAGUCAUCCCGGGGAAAAGAAGUUGACUGGAGGAAACAACUGGCAACCAAAAAUGGCUCCGACCACAACAUGGAACCCUGCCACCAUGUGGGAUAAACAGGAUGGCAUGCUUUUCUCACAAUACGCUCCUUCUGUCAUGGCCUUCCCUGCCACGACGCCCACAGGAAUGAUGGGAUACGCAAUGCCCCCUCAAAUGGGCUCCAUGACCAUGAUGACCCAGCCCACCAUGAUGUACACUCAGCCUGUGAUGCGGCCAGCCAACCCCUUCGGCCAAGUCUCAGGGGCACAGCUCUCUACAGCCUGUAGUCCUUCCAGUUCAAGUCCUCUCAGAGCUCCGGGACAGGACCCUUUUGCACAGCUGUCUCUGAAGGAUUUCCUUUAGAGCGUCUUUAGAUGCAGUUCAUGUAGAUGAAGGAGGGUCGAUGCUUCCCAAGGAUGAAUUAUACGGCAAAUCUCAAACCUUUAAUCUCUCUCCAGUUGGCUAUUCGACCCUUCAUGGAAAGUUCUGCCCCAGUACAGAACUGUACAGGAAUCAGAGGGAGGGGUGGGAGGGGCUUUAUGGGAUAUGACGGGUGGGGUUGGGAUGGGUAAGACUCUGUUACCCAGAGAUGGAGGACACAGUGCUCACUUUGUAAUUUGUCGCUGUAACAGUUAUUGUUCCAAUCUGCGUCUGUAACGAAGCGCAUGGGUAUUGAGAGAGCGUGAGUGCUGGAAUGUGGUGGGUUUUCACUCAAACACGGCUUCACUUUUUUUU